GUUUUUUGUGCGUAUUGAAAAUUUGAAACAUGGGACCAACACUUUUGUUGCGUUUUAUAUUUUUGUUCAGUAUACUAUAUUAUGUUGGUUUUUAUUGUUCUUCUUUGUACUCAGUUAAUAUUAAAUUGUCACUGUCUAUGCAUUUCAUUUAAUACGUUUGUCUUACUGACACGUCACCUAACAUUACUGACAUGUCACCUAAUGUUACCUAGAUUGUUACUUAAUAUUCAUUCUUAGGAGGCUACAUAUCACAACGGGGAGGAGGGGGGGAACAAUGCCCUUUUACUGAGGAAUUUCUGUGUAAUUCAAUCCAGUAUAUGUGAGCUAUGCUGCAGGGUGAGUAACAUGGAACUUCUAGAAAACCAAGAGUAGGAUUGCAACAUUCCUGUGAUGCAGGAAGAGAAACCUUGUAUCCACCCCUUCAAUUCUAUCUUAUAAUGGGUUUUCCUAGGCAAUGCUCUUAGGGCUACCAAACGAACAGGUGGAAGUACAUCUCUAUGGCCUCUGUUGUUAUGAAGAACAUGGAGCCUCAAAGGAGAGUGUACAUAUCCCUCCCUAAAAAAUGCAUGACUGUUUUGGCCGAAAAGUGUAAACUGGAUCACGGACUUUUCAUUAAGGAUCUCAGCACUUACAUAAAUGAAGGAGACCUACAAGCUUACUUCCAACAGUGGGGUAGCAUUACAGCAUGCACGAUCAAGAAGACUCCGCAGGACUCUGACUCAAAGAGUGCCAGUGCGUUGGGAUUUGUCAUGUUUUCCUCUGAGGAGGAGGCAGAUAAGGCAGACUGGGCGGGUCAUCACUAUAUAGGAGGCAUGGAUGUGGAGGUCAAGAGAGUUGUCAGUCUGAAGAUGGAUGAACCAGAAGGUUCAGAAGGUUGAGGUCAUCCCUGCCAGGUCUAUCCCCAGAUGGUCCAUGGAUAUGGGAUACAUUCUUGAUAAUGCUCAAUGGUUAGAUGAAGUGGCUGGAUGAUACUGUACCUACAUUAUAAAAAAAUAUCCAAACUGGACAGGAUACAUGGAUUAUUUGUAGAAAAAUAAAUGUAGAAUGUAAAUUACAUAAUUUUUUUUCUAGGGUUUGAUUGUAAAACUUUCUUUAAUUUAUUUUCAGAUAUGUUAUGGACUGUAGCUUGAUUUACUGAUUGUAAUAAAAUACCAAUUGUUUUCAAUGUUGUGAAUAUUAUAAGGCCUAUGUUGCAUCAUAUGUUUUUAUUAAUUAAAGCUUUCAUGUUUCCUA